AUUUUUUUUUCUUUUUUAUUUUCCUUUUCUUCUCUGUAUAUAUUCAUAUAUAUUAUUUUUUUUACCCACUAUUACCCAAUUAUUAGAAUGCUUCAAGAAUUAACUGAUUUAGACUUCGAUACAUACUUUGAUGUCGCCUCAUCAAAUCAGCACCACCAACAACAACAACAACAAAGUCGUGAUAUAUUAUAUCAUGAUGAUUCACAGCAACAACAACAACAACAACAACAAAAUAGUAACUCACUAAGCUCAUUACUAAACAAUAACAACAAUAGACAAUCAUCAUCAUAUCACUAUACACAACAACCAGGUCAACAGAAUUUCAAUCUAUUCGAUUGGGAUCUAAACCCUCCAACAUCACAUCACUCUGCAUCACCAAUGCAAAUAUCCCCAUUGAGCUCGCCUCAAUCUUCAUCUGAUGGUUAUACAUCCCAUACAUUAUCUCCACAAAUGAUCAAUAGCCCUCCUUUAUACGCUUCAUACAAUUCCAACCCUCAAAUCAAAGAUGAAGCUAGUAAAGUCCUUGAAGGUUUCUUUGCUAAAAGAACAAUUUAUUCUUCACUCAAUCAUUUACACAAUGUUCCUGGCAUCAAUAUACCAACAACUCCCAUUACGGAAAACCCUCCCGUUAAUUCAUCUAAUUUGCCCUCACCGCCACUUGAAAACCCAUUAUCUGGUGCCUUCUCUGCCAUUGAUCAAUGGUGUCAAUUAAAAGAGCAAGAUGUGAUUCAUCCUCUUGAUAUCAAGUGUGAAGAGCACGAGCCUAGACAUUGGCGAAAGACAUCCUCUAGACAUCAACAACUGCAUCAACCACAACCAAACACUUUAGAACGUCCUGAACCAGGGAAGCAAUUAAAAAAAGUUGCCCAUAAUGCCAUUGAAAGACGUUACCGUAACAACAUCAAUGACCGUAUUCGUGAAUUAAAAAAUGUUGUCCCUGCACUUUACAAAGCUCGCAUCAGAGAAAAAGGUGAAGCUGAUGAUGAUUCCAGUGUGGCUGACUCUGAUAACGAACAAGAUGAUGUUGUUAUCGUUGAGGGUGUUGAAGUUGCUAAAAAAUUAAACAAGGCUACCAUCUUGAGAAAGGCUACCGAGUACAUCCAGUUCUUGAAGAAUACCAAUGAUACAACCGAACAAGAAAACUUGAUUUUACAACAGAUCAUUGCUCAAAUGCCUGGUGGUAAUGAUGUCUUGAAUCGUUUCCUUUGUCAAAAGAGCGAGUUUGAAAAAUCUGAACAAGACAGAUUAGCUCGUGAACGUCGCGAUGCUCAAGAGCGUGAAAGAACAGAAAGACAGCGCAUCUUGCGUGAAAGAGCUGCUCAAAGAGCUGCUUUAGCUCAAUUAUUGCCAAAGCCCGAAAGAAGACCUUAUCGUCGCCGACAAUCCUCAAAGAACAAUGCCAAGCCAACCAAGAAGUCUUCAUUGUUAUCUGAUGACGGAAACAAUAAGAUGUUUAUGGCCGCUUUCAUGUGUAUCGCCUUCUUUUCCGCUUCCCCUACCUCUUCCAAUGUUGGUAACUUGCCUCAUUCAUUCGGUGCUCAUGAUAACCAAACCAACACUCGUUCAACAUUCGCUCCUUCCACAGUUUCUGCCUCCAUGGACAUUUGGCACAUACUUCGUUAUACCCUUUAUACUUUUGGCAUCAUUUAUGUUUGUCUCAUUCCACUCCUUUUACGUUGGCUUCGACCUCGUCCGGUCAACAGACCUAACAAAUGUACUGAUCAUCAUCACUAUGCCAAUGAAGUGCCUACAGCAUGGAGUCGCCUUUACACCAAUCUCAUUUCAAUUUUAGACAAGUCUACAAGCACUGUCAAAGCUAGCAAUAACACCACAUCUAUCUCUAUUUUAUCAACCAUCUUCGAUAUCUUCCGUUACACUCUUUCACUCAUCAUCCCUAACUUUAUAUACACCAUCUUUCAAAAGAAUGCCAAACCCGUUGGUUGCCCUGAAGAAUUAUCUUACAUUGGCGCAUGGAUUCGAUUGAAUGAAGUUGAAUGCUUAGGAGGUAAUCCUGAUAUCACUCGUCUUGGUAUGUUACACUCUUGUGUCGGUAUGCUCUCUCAAUUACAUAAAAUGAAGCGUGAUGAAAAACGGGACAUCUAUUGCGAAGAAAACACAAUGGCUCGAGUUUACGCAACAACGGCAAUCCAACUCGAACUUUGUUUACCGGUUUCUAUCUCCUCUCUUGUUGUUCCUUACUGUUGGACACGUGUUAUUCAAGUUAUGAAUAAUAAACAAUCUUUGGUCGAACAAGACAACAACAAGAAACAACAGGAUAAUAUUAUUUCUACUGAAUGGCUCGGUUCCAAUUGCCAUGACCAGGUGUUACAGAUUCUGGCUAUUCGAAACGGGUUUACAAAUAACGACGACGGCAGCUGCUGUAGAAAUGUGUUUUAUUCAUUUGUACUUCCGUAUGUUACAUCGCCUCUCGAUUUGGUACUUUAUUGGCAACAACUCAGUAACCUUCAAGAUUGUUGGUACUCUUACUUAAAUGGCACAAGACCUGUUUUCAGUGAAAAUCAAUUGAAGCACGUGUUAUCUGUCUCUGCCACUACAACUGCACCGGGCCACAUGUUACAAUGGUGGGUAAGAGUAGGCUUAACUCUUCAGUCACUUAGUAAUAACACCGGCACUCAGCACCAAGAUAAUUUAGAUGCACUUGCCGAAUAUACCCGAACCAGAGUACCUCAAGUCAACAACCAUCCUUCCUCCAAUUUGCUGCGACGUCAUCAAACCAUGAUUUACCACAUGUUGGAAGCUGCUACCGCUUUACAAACCGAUACCAACUCUGACCAAGUCCCCACAUUUUUAAAACAGGCUGCCAAGGAUAGAGCAGCAUCUACCGAAUGCAUUCAACAGAUCGCUUCCUCUACCAAAAACUACGAAGCCAGCGUGCUUGUUGUUUCUACCCUUGCCGUUCAUUUACGUACAUUGAAAGCGCUUAUUAUUCAUCAACAAACCACCUGUUCGCCCGCCAAACGAUUAUCCAGCGGUGGCAGUAAAAAGAGGACGUUGCUGGCACACCAUGCUUCUGUUUAUAUUGCAGAAUUAAGGGACCAAGUCAUGCAAGACAUGGAAUCUCCUUACACAAAAUCAUUAUCACCAAAGUGCCGAAAACAUAUCCAAUCUUAUAUUUAUCAAGCAGAUGACACGCUUAGUCUUUAA